UGGCGGAUUUCGUGCAUACCACAUUUUACUUUGAUUCGGAUUGCGUCUAAUUAUUCGUCAAGUGGCUCGAGUCUCCUACAGUUUUCGAUUUGGUUUGCUGCAGAAAAAUCAUAAUAUAAACAACUCUUUUUACAAAGGACUGAUUUUGUAUGAGAGAUGUCUUAGCAUCGGUGUUGUCGUGGUAAACCAGUAGUUCGCUUUAAACAUCUUCGCUGUACGUUAUCAUUAUUCUUAUACCAUAAACAAUUCGUGGUCUAUUCGUAUUUUAUUCUGAUCAGUUUGUCAAAACUCAAAAGUAUCCGCUCGAGAAUGGCCAAAGAAAAUACCGGAGUUGGAAUUGUAGCUCCAAUCGUGUUCUUUGGAGUCUUGUUCGUUGUUUUGAUCGCGUUGAUGUUCAUUUACCGUGCACUUGUGAAGGAGUCUUGUUCAUGCAUUCGUGAUCCAGGGGGCAAAGAGGAGAAACGAAAGAAGAAAAAUAAAGAUGGAACGUACGACCUAGUUUCGGAGACGUCAACUGAUGAUGAAAAUUAUGUUCCACCCACCCUAGUUGAGAAGGAGGAAAUCGAUCCUGCAUUUCAAAUAGUCGAUAGUAACACUAGUUCUCCCUAUUCAGCCUUCUCAGCAUAUGAGGAGACCGCGUCGGUGGAUCACAGUUACUCCACAGAACAAGGCAUGGGGAGAGUACUUCUAACUGUCAUGUAUCAUGCCUACGACUCGCUUCUCAAAGUUUAUCUAAUCGAAGUGGAUGGGUUACCGUCCAAAGAGCAAGGAGGUGCCACAAACUAUCGUAUACAUCUUGCUCUCCUUCCUCAUCGCAAUCUACGAUUCAAAAGUAAAACGCGAAGUCGUUUCAUGCAGAAGUUUGACGAAACCUUCAACUUCAAGCCUGUUCUUAAAAAAGACCUGGUGAACCUUGCUUUGAGAUUCCGACUGUACGGCAUUUCUACAACAGGCAAUAAACUCAUUGCAGAGACCUUCUUUCAAUUGGCUGACAUCGCAAAACUAGAUAAGCAGAUGAUGGAGAAAACCUGGCGUGCAUUCAGAGCUGUUCAAAAACCUGGAAAAAAGAGAUAGCCUUAAGCUAUAUUCAACAGUCUUGCACGUAAAACCUUUUACCGUUGAGUAGAAUAAUUUGCCAGUGUAGUGUGUGCGCGACAACAGAUGUAAUAUUGAAGCAAUAUUAGUGUAAUGUAUUUUCUGAAUGGUUAGAAAGCUAUUUCUUGAUAUCUUAAAGUGUACUUAAAGCUACAAAGUAGCAUUCCAUGUCGUAGAAAAUGCAUGCUUAAGGCAGAAGUUUAGCUUCUUGUCUUGCUCUUCAUUGUCGACAAAGUGCUCUCUAUGAGUUCGACGUGAUAGUCCAACAGAGGUUUGUGGCGUCGUAAAAACGUAACACAAAAUCUUCUUUUCAGUGUAUGUGUAUGAGGAUAAGUCAAUUUUCAUAUGUUGUUAAUUUUUGUAAGUUGCGUUGUAUAACAUGCUAUACCAGAAAAUGGUGCAGUUUCAUUAUAGUUUAAUAAGCUGUAAAA